CAGUAAGUGAUUGCUUUCAGACGGAGCCAAAUCUCUGUGAUUCAAGUUGUGCUGGGUCUCCAGCCCCUGACUUGUCCUAUCAGAGAGGUGUCAGGUAUACUUACCGGUAUAGCACGACAAUUACCACAACCCUUCAUGGCUCCAGUGCUGGAAGGAAUGGACUGGCUUUGGACUGUGUGGUUGAUAUCGACGUGGUUUCCAAGUGUCACCUCAUGAUGCAGAUCAGGAAUCCACAGAUAAAGCGACUGUCCCCUCAGAAGGAACACUCUGUGCAACGUUUAAAGAGCUUGAGAGAUUCGCUGGAGAGAACGCGCCUCAAGUUCUCCCUCCAUGGGGGAAAGGUCACGGCCCUCUGUCUCCAGGAGGGGGAGCAGGUGUGGGCCCUCAACAUUAAAAGGGCUCUACUGAGCAUGCUCCAGAAUCCCGGCAUGGCCUCCAAACAGGAAUUAGUAAAAGAGACUGAUGUAUACGGGACAUGCAGCAGCAAGUAUGAGAGGAAAGGACCUGUACUGCUGAAGAGCAGGGAUCUAAAACAGUGCCAAAGAGCCAGACUGGCAAACUUCUGGCCCCAUUCAGUAGCUUUAACUGAAGAUACAUCAGUGCAAUCAGAACUCAACUGUAUUCAGAAGCAUGGAUCUACAGUGAUGGAAGAGGUCAACUGCACUGAAGUUGUUUCUAUGGCAACAUGGUCCGGGACCACAGGGCUGGUUAAGACAAAAACAGUGUCGACCCUGCUGCUGCUCAGAGCCCAGCCAGGGACUCCCCCAGGAGCAGAUUCCUCAGGUCUUGGUGUUCUGACUGACCUGCAGUUUGAGGACGAGGGGGCUGCAAGGCCAGGAAAAGCCAGAGCGUCAACGCCUCAGCAAGCCAGCCAAACUCUUCGAAUGUUAUGUAGCCUCACCUCAGACCCACAGCUGGUAUCGCAAGAGUUCCUUGAACUGGCUUUCCAGCUAAGAGAUUUGACUCUCGCUCAACUCAAGACACUUUGGCAAGAAGUGUCUUUCAAGUGCCUCAACGACUGGCAGCCUCUGUUGGACGCAUUACCAGCAUGUGGAUCUGAAAACUGCAUCAUACUGCUGACUGACCUGAUGAGGAACAAAGAGCUGGAGGAGGAACAGGCUCACGCUUUUCUCACCACCAUAGCCCUCAUCCCUCACCCAUCGCCACAGAUCAUCAACUCCAUCAAUGCCUUACUGCAGGUCCGAGAGCUGCGUUCAAAGGCGCUGUUAGCUGGAUCUUCUCUUUUGUAUCAAUUGUGCCAAAAGUCUCAAGCCCCCUGUAGUGAACUUCCUCAGGUGCAUACAUUCAUACAGACGCUUGAGGAAACCGUGAAGGAGGGCUGUGAGGAAGAACAACCCUCUCAUUCCAAGAGGUCUGUGCUGUUGCAGCUGUACCGCUCCUCCCAGGAGGACCCCGAGGUCAGAAUCGCUGCAUACCAGCAGUUCAUGCACUGCCCCGACCAGGACGUGUUUGAAGUGGUGAAGACCACACUGAGGAACGAGACCUCCAGCCAAGUGGGCUCAUAUGUGUGGAGUCACCUGACUAAUGUUCUGAGAAGCGAGGACCCCAUGAAGCAGGCCCUAAUCGAGUCACUGCCUGAUGACAUUAUCAGCAGAGACUUUGAUGCUGAGUUUUUGAAAUACUCCUCUUAUUCAGACUACACUAUUUCAUCAGGCAUGGGAAUUACAAAUGUGGAAACCUCUUUGGUUUUCUCUCCCAAAUCGUUUCUACCAAGAUCUGCCACUGCCAGCCUUACACUGUAUUUACAUGGCAGAGCCCACAACCUUCUGGAAGUGGACCUUCACAUUGAAAACGCUGAACCCCUUUUGAAAAACGUUUUCGGUCAGCACAACUCUGAUGGAGAGUCCGUGGCUCAAAGUCCAAAGUCGCAGUCCAAAGAGGCCCCAAGGACAAGAAGAAGAACAGAGGAUGGACGUAGUGCAGGAAAAGAAGCGUGUUUAUCUGACACCAGCAGUUAUCUGAGCCAAGCCAGGGCCAUGUUGUUUGGGAGGAGGAGAUCAGAGGAGAACAGGCCCCAGUGUUGGGUCGGUGUGAAGGUGUUUGGCAAUGAGCUCAGCGUGUUCACAUGUGAAGAUCUCUACAACCAACUGGACCAUCUGUCGCUGAGUGUCACCGGACUGGCUGUCAAACUGCUCAAGGGUCAGGAGGUCCAGCUGAACCACCGGGCCGUGCUGAUGACAGACGAGCUGGUUUUACCGUCUCUAUCCGGUUUGCCUGUCAAACUGGGCAUCAACAUGACCUCCCUCCUGUCACUGCGUCUGAAGGGCAACAUCAACUACAGGGAUACCUCUCAUUUCUCCCUGACCGGAUACAUCAAAUCAAUUGCCUACGUGGGGCUGUCUGCCAGGAUGGGGGUUGACGGUGUGCUGGGUCAGGCUGCAGUGGACUGGGUCUCUGAGCUGAGGAGCUCCACCAGUCUGGAUGGUAGUGUUCAGCUGCAGGAGGGGCGUGAUGUCAGGGUCACACUGAACACACCAGAGGACAUCAUGGACAUCAUCUCUCUCAGCUCCAGAGUGUUUCAGCUCAGUGGAGACCACAGAGAGGAGAUCAGGGGGCCAAAGAGUCGAGUGCAGAAGACUUCCUGCACCCCCAAGACAUGGUCCAAGAUGGUCGGCUGGCAGCUGUGCUCCAAUACCUCGUACCCAUUAGCUGCCACAGGGGUUUCACUUCCUGCUCCAGGACCCGUCCACCUCUCCCUCCGCCUGCUGAAGCUAGACAGAGGUCUCCAUUAUUACCUGCUGGAAGCCGCAUACUCACUGCACCCUCAGAGAGGCACCUGGCUCCCCAGAGAGGCCUCCAUCCACUUCCUCCUGGCCACACCUCAGUCUUCCAUCCCCAGGGACAUGUCUCUUGACCUGACAUUCAACCCUCACAGAUUGCUGCUGAGGAUCAUCCACCCUCUGAAAACCAUCGACAUACAAGGACAAUUUGAACAAGAGAGGAACGUUAAGUCAGGCAAGCUGGAGCUUAUAAUUGAUGGUGUUCAUUAUUACAUUAUGGGUUUGGUGGACACUCACACCCUGCUGUCUGAGCAGAGGACGCGCUAUCACCUUGAAGCCAAAAUGGCCGAUGAUGCACUACCCAUGAUCCUCUCUGCCAAUGUUACCCGUGGACUGGGCAGGAAGACCAGCUUCUCCGCCACUGUGAAGAACGUGUUUAGAGAAACUGCCUCACUAUCGGUGUCCCUGGAGCGCCGGCGGGAUGCCAGCAGCAGGCAGUACUCUGUGGAGGCGGAGCUCCUGUUACCUGGGGUGGUGGGCACAAGGAUGCUGGGACUGAUGGAGCAGAAAAGCUCAGUUUGGAGCUCCGCGCUCAGGCUCAAAUAUGGCCUGGGAGGUGAUGCCCGGCACCUUCGUCAGGAGUGCUACAUGUCUCAGAGAUUAAGGAGGGAGAGGGACUCUAACCUCACAUACACCAUGAGAGCAGAACAUGAGUUCUACUGCUCCAACACGGCUCCCAUCAACCACAAGAUCCACCUCCGCCACGAGAAAAGCCCCGUCCACAUUAAAUCGUCCCUUGACAUGAGCUACGGCAAACACUGGGACGAGAUCAACAACAAACGCACACUUCUACUGAGCCAUUCCUUUAAAAAUCAAUCCACACAAAAUCACACCAGCUACACACUGGAGUUCAGUCUCCAGGUCCCAGAGAAGAAUUUGAACUACCGGACUCAGCUGCUGCACUCUCACCUGAAACACCUGGGCUCAGAGAGCAGCACUCAUCUCAAAAUCCAUUACAACAACCUGAUGCCUCUGGUGGCCGGAUUGCACUGGAAAAGCCCUCCCAAAGACACCUUGCAGAGGAAAUGGGAAGGUAGUUUUAACAUGGACACGCCGUGGCUGUACGUGUACACCUCACACAGAGUGACCCAGCAGCAGCGCCACUCGCUCCAGCUGACCUCAGAGCUGACUGCUAGCAAGUGGCUGAACAUCCGUAACCUCAUGCUGGAGGCCUUCUACAGGGACCGAGGCAGGGAGAGGGAGGCCCGCCUGGAGAUCCACACGGCAGCGGCUAAAUACAUCCAGGGUCUAAGAACAGAGGGCAGGAGGUUGGGCCGUGUUUGGGAAGCGCGGUGUGAAGGCCUCCGGCUCUCUGAGCUCGUUGUGGACUCCAUCCCUGAGAGGAGACGUCUCUCUGGAGGCCUCUAA